GCCAUGUUUCAAGGGCAGCGCGGUUGGUUUUGCGGCAGCGUUAGCCGGGAUCUGAGGCAAUUCUGGGUGGCUGAAGGGGGAACGAUCAGUGACCCGCGAGCCGCCGACUUCUUGUUCAGCUGUGAUGCCUCGCACCCAGACACGCUGAGAAUAUAUCAGAGCCUUGAUUACAUAGAAGAUAAUGCUACAGUUUUUCAUGCCUACUAUCUCUCUGCAGUAGCUAAUGCCGAAAUAAAAAACUCAGUGGCUUUGGGUCAUUUCAUUCUUCCUCCUGCGUGCCUGCAAAAAGAAAUAAGAAGAAAAAUUGGUAGUUUUAUUUGGGAACAAGACCAACAUUUUCUGAUAGAAAAGCAUGAUGAAGUAACACCAAAUGAAAUAAAGACCCUUAGGGAAAACAGUGAACUAGCAACAGAGCACAAAAAAGAAUUAUCCGAAAGCCCAGAAAAGCAUUUUACAAGAACUCCAGUUGUAGAAAAGCAGAUGUACUUACCUCUACAGAAUUACCCAGUUAACAACAUGGUAACAGAGAUGAGGUCUCACUGUGUUGCCCAGGCUGGUCUCGAACUCCUGGGCUCAAGCAAUCCUCCUGCCUUGGCCUCCCAAAGUGCUGGGAUUCCAGGUUAUAUAUCAAUUGAUGUCAUGAAGAAAUUCCUUGGGGAGUUACAUGACUUCAUUCCUGGAAGCUCAGGAUAUUUGGCAUAUCAUGUUCAAAAUGAAAUUAAUAUGUCUGCUAUAAAAAACAAAUUGAAGAGGAAAUAUUAAAUUGUAAAUACCUUGGCAUUUAUUUUCUAUAAAAUAUUAUACAGAUGUGCAUAGCAUAAAAUGCUCCCUUUUGGUACUGGGGGAUAGAGAAAUGGGAAAUAAUUUUUGUUUCUCAAAGUAUAUCUUUAGGAAAUACAGAAUCAUUUUGGUUCUGUGUUUUGACAUUUUUUCCCCUAGCUUUUAACAAUGUGUUCAAAUAUUCUCAAUGCACAGUUGUUAAUGAGUAAUUGCCAUUAAAAUAUAUUUCAUAAGAAAUCUCAAUCUCAAACUCUCCAUCUCUCAAUCCUCCUCCUCCUCCUCUUUCUCUCUUUCUCUUUCUUGCUUUCUCUUUUCUCUCUCUCUCUCUUUCUCUCCUCCCCAUCUCUCUUUCUGUCUUUCAAAUGUUCUUUUGGCUUUAACAUUCUAUUAAUUAUAUUUUUUCUAGAUUGAAUACUGUGAAUACUAAGUUUUAUUAUUCUGGUCAUCUUAUUUUGAUUUUAAAAAUUAGGAUGCUAGUUGAAUUCUGAAUUACUGUUCUGGUUUGAAACAUGGAGAAAAACAUUUUAAUAAUUCAUAUUUCAUGUUGGAUGGUUUCUGAUAAUAAAUAUUUCAAAAGUGACUUAA